AUGGCGAGCUACCAGGCGUUUCACUCCCAGCUGACGUCCAUCAUGGAGACUCUGGCCAAAGCGGCGGUGGCGGAGAUCUGCGAGCUGGUGGACGACGGCUACGCGGGGCUGCAGCUGGAGCUCGGCCGCAGCCACCGGGAGAACGAGGCGCUGCGGAGGAAGCUGGAGAUGAUCGAGAGCAUCGUCGCCCGGAGCCACCGCGGCAGCGUCGCGAUGCUGGGGUACUGCGGGCCGGAGGGGGAGGCCGGCGGGGGGCUGCUGGACGUCGGUGCCGAACGAGUCUUACCGACGGGAGUGAGCACCAAGCGGCCGAGAGCCUCCGGCCUCAAGCGACGCAGCAGGUUUCCUGCUUUAGAGGCGACAGCAGAAGUGGACGUGGCGACGGAGGAUCCGUCUGCAGCUGCCGAGGACCCAAACGAUCAGGACGUGGUUCUGAUAAAGGAGGAAGCGGCGAAAACAGACGUGGACGACGAUGAUGAGGGAGAAGAAGUGCUGCUCAACAAGGGCGGGGCCGAGGUGCAGCCCUCAGCAGCAGAUGACAGUGACGAGGGACCCUCUGGGAUGAUGAUCUCCACCUCGGACAUGAGGUUGUGGGAUCAGACCAGUAACGGAACGUCAGAACCACCAGUCGACCACAGAGAUUCCCUCAGUGCGCCGGGCUCUCCGGGUCCCGCGGAGGUCACUGAGAGCAGCUCAUCGGACAUGGUGUUUGACCUGGCAUCAGAGUCGGACUGUGAAGCUCUGUCCACGGCCUCGUUGAGGAAGCCCUUCUUGCUCGGGGCUGGGGAAAGUCCUGCCUCGCUGCCUGGGACCUCUGAGCUGAAGCGGGGCGUGUCUCUGAUCAGCUCCCUCCCCUACGACACAGAGCUGGACCUCUGCUCCUCGUGGCCUGGGCAGGGCCUCCCGAGCAUGGUGCCCGUCCCACAUCGGCCGUAUCUCAAACCGGACCACCGGCCGACACUCAUGGACAAAGUGUGCGACUUGAACGCUGCGGGCUUCCCCUUGACACUGGGCCUAGGCAGCUCCAGACUGGACCCUCUGGACCUGAACAGGUACUGCAGGGACAGACGCUUCAUCUGCAGCUACUGCGGGAAAUGCUUCACGUCAUCACGGAGCCUGGAGACACAUGUUCGCGUCCACACAGGCGAGCGGCCGUACAGCUGUGCUCAGUGCGGGAAGCGCUUCACGCAGUCGGGUCACCUGAAGACGCACCAGAGCGUCCACACCGGAGAGCGGCCGUUCGCCUGCGAGCACUGUGGGAAAAGAUUCGCCGGGAAGCAGAACCUCAGGAUCCAUCAGCAGAAACACCACCUGGCCGAGCAGGGAGCCGCCGCUGCUCAACAUCCUGCCGUGAUUCGCUGAAAUAUGCACCGAUGGUUCUGAGGAAACUACCGUAAACUGUGAUGGACCACAACGUCACUGCUCGUUUAAACAGAACUCUCUCAAGUUGAAGGCUUUUUACAGAGUUUUGAGAAGAACUGGUGCUUUUACAUAGAAAAACUGAUCAAUAGUUGUGACUGUUUAAUUUAGGCUUUAGUUAUUUUUAACUCUGAUCUGCCUCGGAAACAGAACAUUGACUGAAAUUUGAUCUUGAUCAAUUCUUACCUCAUAAAGACUGUGGAGUGUGUUCAGAUCCCGUCAGGACGUCAGGAUCGAGAGCUGCCGGAGGAAAACAGAUUCCUGUAGAAGAAGCAUGUGAAUGUUCACUGGGUGUUUAUCUGGAAUAAAACGUGAGCAAACUGAAA